GUAGGUUUAGUGCGUAUUUCGAAGUCGUCGCGCGCGAACCCACGAGCUCUCUCUCUCUCUCGCUGACCGGCGGCCGCUUGCAGUGUCGCGAUAUCUUAAGUAAGCACAGUCGACGGACCUGAUAACCGGUCAGCGGAGUCGACAACUACGACGAUUACGGGUAAACUCGUUGAAAUUGAUGGGCUGAUAUCAGUGCAAGUUGUGUUCCGAGUGACAACAGGUCGGUUAGUUCCAACAGCUGUUUUGCUUCGCCGCCACCAGAAACCUGGGAUAAAUCCGAAAGAUGAAUGAUACAGCUAAAUCUAUCGACUUCAUUCAAACGGAGCUGAUUCCAGGAAUGGUGGAAAGACGCCAGUUGACUAUCGAUGGGAUUAGUGCCGAUGAUACAGUGCAACUGGAUUGCGUGGAAGCGAAACCUCUGCAAGCUGAUGGAACAUUUAUGCUGACAGUGUUGUACAAGGUCAAGGUUGAGUUGAGCAGCGUAAGGGAUAGGAAGAUCAAACAGGAACGACGUUUGGUAGUUAAGAUCACCCCACAAUGCACCGAAGAGAUGUACAUCGGAUGUCAGUUCGAUACAUUAUUCGAAAACGAAAUGACCGCCUACACCGAUAUCAUUCCCGCACUCGGAAAAGCAGACCAUUAUCCCAAAUACUUUUAUUCUCAUCGUAAGCCUUUCGAAGCUGUUAUGGUGCUCAGCGAUUAUUCAACGGAAGGAUGGCGAAUGGCUCCCAUGGUGGUCAACUUACCGUUGGAUUACUGUCUGCUUGCAGUUCGCGAGUUGGGGCGCUUUCACGGCGAGUGCUAUGCCUUGAAAGAGCAGCAGCGUGAUUCGUUCGAGAGCAUGAUUAGCAAAUUCAAGGAAGCACGCUACGGAAACGAUAUGGGCGACAUGAAGUGGGUGGAAAUCAUGAAAACUGGACCGGUGCGUGCACUGAAGGCUACCCGGGAAAGCAUUUUCAACGAGUCCAUUCCGGAUGAGUUCCUGCAAAAACUGGCAAAACUGGCGGCCGAUCCUUGGGAGUAUUCGAAGAAAUGCGUCAUACCGGAGGAACCAUUAGCCGUAAUUUGCCACGGAGACUACCUGCGGAACAACAUUGCGUUCAAAUUCGCCGAUGAGAAGGCUCCCGGCAAACCAACUCAUGCGAUGAUGUUCGAUUUCCAAACGCUCCGGUACGCUUCGCCGAUGAUCGAUUUUGCCACCUUCAUGGCCAACUCCACGGGAUACGACGUGCGGCAGAAGCACUUCGAAACGAUAUUCAGAACCUACCACGACGAGCUGGUGCAAACGCUUUGCAGUAUUAUCAAGGCCAAUCCGGACGAUUUGCCACAGCAUUACAGCUAUGAGUCCUUUCUGAGAGAAUUCACCCGCUAUUAUAUGUAUGGAUUCCUAAUCGCAACUAGCUUCCUGAUGAUUCUGCACGAGCCGAUGGAGAACAUCUUCGAGAUGGAACAAUGGACUAUUGAGGAAACUGUGAAGGACGCGAUGACGCGAGGAGGAGCUAGGCUGGACCGGGAGUUUGCUGCGAUGGUGUAUGAAAUGUACAAGCUUCACCAGCGAUUUGGAAUGGACCCCAUGUAAUUUCUUCCGAUUCAUCAGUGGUAUUUGCUAUGCUUGGGAACAUAUGUGAUAAUGACAAUACAGGGAUAUAUGCGCAACUGUCAAUUAUGAAUUCCAAUAUUUUUAACAUUGAAUUUUAAAUUCAAACGAGAGGCGAAUAAUUUCAUAAUAAAGGAUAAUAAUGAAAAUUCAAAA